CUGGGAGGAGAGGGAGGAACCGGAGACUGCGGGAGGAAGUCGAGGUGGCUCACCUCUCUGCGGCCUCGGAGCCGCGCCGCCCAGUGUCGCCGGGCGGAGUCCGACCCCGCGAGCCCCGCUGGCUGCGCGUGGCGCCGGGGACUCGCGCGGAGCCAUGAUGCUCCUGGCCGGCGAGAUCGGCGAGGCUCCGGCAGCCCCGUGCUGCCCCGAGAGUGGUGACGAGAGGAAGAGCAUGGAGGAGAAAAGUGACAUAAAUGUCGCAGCUUCUGUUGGAAGUGAACAAGUCAGCGAAGGUACAGAUGAUGAUCUUCCUUCUUAUGUGUCUGCGUUCAUAGAAAAGGAAGUUGGAAAUGACCUGAAAUCUUUAAAGAAGCUUGAUAAACUCAUAGAACAAAUGACAGAAAGUAAAGUAAAGUUAGAAGAGGAGGUUCUUACAGUUUCAUCAGAAAUUCCUAAAAGAAUUCAAAGUGCCUUAAAAAAUGCGGAAGAAUCAAAGCAAUCCCUUAAUCAGUUUCUGGAGCAAGAAACCCAUCUCUUCAGUUCUAUCAGUAGCCACUUGCUGACCGCACAGCCCUGGAUGGACGACCUUGGGGCCAUGAUUAGCCAAAUCGAAGAGAUUGAACGGCAUCUUGCCUACCUUAAGUGGAUUUCGCAAAUUGAAGAACUAAGUGAUAACAUUCAGCAAUAUCUGAUGACCAACAAUGUGCCGGAGGCAGCUUCCACCCUGGUGGCCAUGACACAACUUGAUAUCAAGCUUCAGGAAUCGUCCUGUGCACAUCUUCUUGGCUUCAUGAGAGCCACAGUGAAGUUCUGGCACAAGAUUCUCAAGGACAAGCUUACAAGCGACUUUGAGGAGAUUUUAACCCAGCUCCACUGGCCAUUCAUCACACCUCCGCAGUCUCAGGCCGUGGGUGUGAGCCGGCCUGCCAGCAGCCCUGAGCUCUAUGGCAACCUAGAGACGCUGUUCUGUCAGCUGCUGAAACUGCAAACCUCAGAUGAAUUACUCACUGAGCCAGAACAGCUCCCAGAGAAAUACUGUCUCCCCGCGUCCCCUGCCAUCAUCCUGCCCAUACAGGUCAUGCUGACUCCCCUUCAGAAGAGGUUCCGCUACCACUUCCGAGGCAACCGGCAGACCAAUGUCAUAAGCAAGCCCGAAUGGUACCUGGCUCAGGUACUUAUGUGGAUUGGAAACCACACUCAAUUUCUGGAUGAGAAGAUUCAGCCAAUAUUGGACAAAGCAGGCUCUGCAGUAAAUGCGCGGCUGGAAUUUUCCCGGGGCCUGAUGAUGCUGGUUCUUGAGAAGUUGGCUUCGGAUAUUCCUUGUCUGCUGUAUGAUGACAAUCUCUUCUGUCACCUGGUGGACGAGGUGCUCCUGUUUGAAAGGGAGCUCCAUAGUGCUCACGGCUACCCCGGCACUUUCGCCAGCUGCAUGCACAUUCUGUCCGAGGAAACGUGCUUUCAGCGAUGGUUAACUGUGGAGAGAAAAUUUGCUCUUCAAAAAAUGGACUCAAUGCUGUCAUCAGAGGUGGCCUGGGUAUCCCAGUAUAAGGAUAUCACUGAUGUGGAUGAAAUGAAAGUUCCAGAUUGUGCAGAAACUUUUAUGACUCUACUCUUGGUUAUAACUGACAGGUAUAAAAACCUCCCCAUGGCCUCCCGGAAGCUGCAGUUCCUGGAGCUGCAGAAGGACCUGGUGGAUGACUUCAGGAUACGGCUAACGCAGGUGAUGAAGGAGGAGACCCGAGCCCCGCUGGGCUUCCGGUACUGCGCGAUCCUCAAUGCUGUGAACUACAUCCUGGUGGUGCUCGCAGACUGGGCUGACAACGUUUUUUUCCUGCAGCUUCAGCAGGCAGCAUUGGAGGUGCUGGCAGAGAGUAAUACGCUCAGCAAGCUGCAGUUGGGACAGCUGGCCUCCAUGGAGAGCUCCGUCUUCGACGACAUGGUCAGCCUCUUAGAGCGCUUAAAGCAUGACAUGCUGGCCCGGCAAGUAGACCAUGCUUUUAGAGAAGUUAAAGACGCCGCAAAGCUGUAUAAGAAAGAAAGGUGGCUGUCCUUGCCAUCCCAGUCGGAACAGGCCGUGAUGUCGCUUUCCAGCUCGGCUUGCCCGUUCCUGCUCACCUUACGGGACCGUCUGCUGCAGCUGGAGCAGCAGCUGUGCUUCUCCUUGUUUAAAAUGUUCUGGCAGAUGCUGGUGGAGAAGCUGGAUGUGUACCUCUACCAGGAGGUCAUUCUUGCGAAUCACUUCAAUGAAGGCGGAGCGGCCCAGCUGCAGUUUGAUAUGACUCGAAAUCUUUUCCCCUUGUUUUCUCACUAUUGCAAGAGGCCAGAAAAUUAUUUUAAACACGUGAAAGAGGCCUGUGUUGUUCUGAAUCUGAACGUCGGCUCCGCGUUGCUUCUCAAAGACGUGCUGCAGUCAGCUUCAGGUCAGCCUCCCGCCACGGCAGCACUGAAUGAAGUUGGCAUUUACAAACUGGCUCAACGGGACGUUGAGAUUUUGCUUAACUUGAGGACAAACUGGCCUAACACAGGCAGAUAAUUGGCCUUUCAGAAGAAGGUGGUUUUUUUUUUUAAUCAAAAAGGCAGUUGGAUUUCAAGUUGUACGACAGAGCUGUGAAUUAAUGAAACUGGAUAAAUGAAAACUUUACAGAAUCAUUUAUUAGUUUGGAUUGGUGGUGUUACUAAAAUGCCUUCCAGAUUUUCCAAGUCCUCUUGUUCCUAAGAAAAUAAAAAAGUAGAAAUCUCAGAAACUAUGAAAACUCAGAUUCUGUUUACAAAUAUAAUGCUGCGUCUGUGUGUUGAAAAGAAAUACAAGAGCAAAGAUAAAUUAUAUUUAACGUUUAGGCUACUGUGCUAAUUAAAGAACAGUCUGUUAAAGAUAAUCAGACGCAGCCAAUAAAAUAUUUUAAACUAUU